CAAGGCGCGUGCUACGGUGCGCCAUUUGUGUCUAGGAGGAAAAAGCGCGGACGGACUAAACCUUCGCCUAUUUGCGGGAAGGAAGAUACUCGAGUCGUGACAGCAAUCAACUUCACUGCUACGCGGUUCUAGCAGGGUAUGGAUAAUGAUGUGAUCUCAGCUGAGGAGACCGAAGGCAAAGAUGCUGAAAGUGGUGUGAAGGUGCAAACAGGUGAUGAGGAACUGGCGAUGACCAAAACUGAGUUCCCGACUCGGACUGGUCAGCCUGAUAACGUGGAUGAGGAAGCGGCUGAAGUGUCACGAUCGGUCUCCGUUCCUCUGGAUGGAGAACACCUCUGUAACAUCUGUGGCUUUCUAGCCAAAUGUCCCAGGGCGUUGAAGAUUCACUGUGCAAGAAAACACGGGAAGAAUGUGACAAAGAACACAUAUAUGGCAGAGCCACCUGAAGAUGGCAAAAACAUCUCUGAUAUGAUGACUGGUGAGAUUGAACAGAAGCAGCAGUCAGAACCAGAAUCUGGUGGUGAGGAGGUCAGACUGUUAGAAAGUGAUGAUGGGAUUAAUACAAAGGGUACAAAUGAAAGUAACCAAGAGUCGCAUGAGCAGCAGGGAGAUGAAGAUCACAGGAUCCUUUCUCAAGAGAGACGUGUAAGCAAACGAACACCAAAGCCCAAGAUGAUCCACUCCUGCAACUACUGUGGACAAGAGUUUCGAGACAAGGCCCCUCUUGAUGUGCACGUGCAGAGAUACCACACCAGGGACACUCCCUUCACAUUUGAUGCUGAUGAAGACAUGGAUGAAGAAGAGGAACUCAGUGACUCCAGCAUCACUGGCGCUGCUGUCCAAGCACACGUUGCACUCAAAGGCUCCCUCAGCAGGUUCCAGCUCAAAUGUGGGAGUUGUGAUUAUAGAGUCAGCACCCCUGCUUCGCUUGAGAGCCAUACUCGAGUCAAACACCCAGGCUGCGACUGGUACCACUGCAAGUUGUGCCAUUUUUAUUCUGCCACGGCUGAAUGGAUGGACGCUCACCUGGCCUCGGAUAGCCACCAGCAACAUAAUCAACGGGAAAAAAGAUUUGAGAUCUGUAUUGAGAAGGUGCGCAGGGACGGGGUUGGAGAUGGUGCCGCUGUCGACGAUGUGGCUCAGAGCGUUGAUGGAGAAGGAUCACCUUCUUUGACAGAAGGAGACCAGGAAAUUCAAGAGGCAGCUGAAGGAGCUAAAGCUACACUGACCAAGGAGGAUGACAUGGAGCCCCCUCCCAGCAAGCGGAGAGGUCGUCCCAAACAGGAGAACAGUAAAACCUGUCCAUGCUGUGGCCUGGUGAUGUCCAACAUGACCAAUCUCAGCAUUCAUGUGCGCCGCAAACACAGCAAGGAAUACGGCUACAACUGCACGCUCUGCAACUACAGCUGCGUAACCAAAGGUGACAUGGAUCGCCACUGCAUCACCAAGAAACAUGUCAAACGUGCACAAGAGUGUGCAGAUCCGGACCCAGUCAAGACCCAGAAUCACACGGCAGUCCAGGAACUGAACGCAGGCUUUCAGACUGCUGCCAAAGAGCAAGGAUGUGACAACACAGGGUCCCAAGAAAACAGUGCCCACGAGCAGACGCAGCCUGACACAAGCCAGGAAACGGUCAAAUCUGACUCCAUUAAAGCCUGUAGCCAGUGUGACUUUGUAGCUCAGUCAAUGUCUUCGCUCUACCUUCAUGUCAAGAGAAGGCACACCAAUGACUUUGAGUACGCCUGCCUGGCGUGUAGCUACUAUGCUGUAACACGCAGAGAAAUGUCUCGCCAUGCCAACACAGACAAACACAAGCAAAAAAGUCAGAAAUACCUGGAGCAAGUAGGAAGUCAGGAGAAAAGACCUUUGCCGCUCUCCAUGAAAGCGAAGGAAGCCAUUGAUGUGACCAAGGCUAAUCCUGAGCUGUGUAGCCUCACAGAGACAUCUUGUUCCGAAGGCAACCAGUCUACGGAGAGACCACGUCCAGCUGAGCAGUCUGUCUCCUUGCAGGCUGAAGAUGCUGCCGCCGGUGAGGAAGGCCCAGACAUUGUAUAUGUCAUUGAUGGUGCUGAGCAUGAAGAGAGACGACAAGAGCGUGUCGCACCUUCCACUAGUGGUGCAGCUCAACCAGCCAACCAGACCGUUGGACCUGCAGCACUUUCUGAAUCCCAGCAGGCUUGUGUCCCGGCUCAGUCUGGACAGGACGAGCAGUUAUGCUUGAAUGCAGAUGUGGCGAAGGAGGAGGCAACCAUCCCUCAUUCCGAUACACAGAUGUCCAAGGCCCCGCCUUUUGAUGCCUGCAUUGUAUCAAUGAAGGGCCUCGCAGAACAGGAGCAGGUGGUGCAGGAGGAUCUGUUUUUCGCUGGUGAGUCUGGUGUUGUCUGUCUGGCUGAAGGAUCACCAGCGUCCCCCUGCUUCCCAUCCCUCAGUUCCCCCAUUCCAUUAGUGAAGAAGUUUAAUCCCAAAGAGGUGAAGGUGAAAGAGGAGGAGAAGGGGAUUAGCACUCGCAUCCGCUGUGAGGACUGUGGCUUCUUGGCUGACGGCAUCAGUGGCCUCAACGUGCACAUUUCAAUGAAGCACCCGACAAAGGACAAGCACUUUCACUGUCUGCUGUGCGGCAAGUCCUUCUACACCGAGAGUAACCUCCACCAGCACCUGACCAGUGCCGCUCACCUCCGCAACGAGCAGAACAGCGUGGAGGAGCUGCCCGAAGGCGGCGCGAGCUUCAAGUGUGUAAAAUGCACCCGCCGCUUUCAAACGGAGCAGGAGCUGUUUGUUCACAUUAAAGCCAAACACGAAGAGCUCCUCAGGCAGGUCAACAAGUACGUGUUGGAGGACACGGAGCAGAUCAACCGCGAACGCGAGGAAAACAAGGGCUGCGUGUGCAAAUACUGCGGUAAAGUGUGCAAGAACAGCAACUCCAUGUCUUUCCUGGCCCACAUUCGGACACACACAGGUUCCAGACCUUUCAAGUGUAAGAUUUGUGACUUUGCAGCUGCCCAGUUGGGAGACGCCAGGAAUCACGUUAAGAGACACCUCGGCAUGAGGGAGUACAGAUGUGACAUCUGUGGGUGGGAGUUUGUGAUGAAGAAACACCUCAGCACUCAUCUGCUGGGAAAACACGGACUGGGACAACCUAAAGAGAGGAAGUUUGAAUGCACCGUUUGCGAGCGCUCCUUCAGUGAAAAAUGGGCCUUAAACAACCACAUGAAACUGCACAGUGGAGUGAAACCAUACAAGUGCGCCUGGCCGUCCUGCCACUACACCUUCCUCAACUUGUCAGCCAUGAAGGACCACUACAGGACACACACGGGAGAGAAGUCCUACCUGUGUGACCUUUGUGGUUUUGCAGGAGGCACCAAACACGCCCUGACCAAACACCGGCGCCAGCACACAGGAGAGAGACCCUUCAAAUGUAAGCUCUGCAACUUCGCCUCCACCACGCAGUCCCACCUGUCACGGCACAACCGUGUCCACACUGGGGAAAAACCAUACCGCUGCCCCUGGUGCGACUACAGGUCCAACUGUGCUGAGAACAUCCGGAAGCACAUCCUCCACACGGGGAAACACGAGGGCGUUAAGAUGUAUAACUGUCCCAAAUGUGACUUCGCCACCAAUGCUCCCAUGGAGUUCCGCAACCACCUGAAGGAUAAUCACCCUGACAUCGAGAAUCCAGACCUCGCCUACCUACAUGCAGGCAUCGUGUCCAAGUCUUUUGACUGUCGGCUGAAGGGCCAGGGGGCAGCGUUUGUGGAGGUGGAGACUGUGGUUUCACCUGUGCACCGGAAGGGCCCGUCGGAGGUGUUCCACGAGGAUGAACAUAUCCAACAAGUCAUCAUCAUCCAGGGUUACAGUGAAGGGGGCGUGGCCAUUGAUCAGAGCCUGGAGGCAUCUGCGGCUGCCACCCUGCAGACCCUGGCCAUGGCCGGGCAGGUGGCCGAGGUGCUGCACAUCACAGAAGACGGUCAGGUCAUCGCUUCGGGCAGGGAGGUGGCGUCUGCAGGAGCCCACCUGGCUGGCGGCAGCACCCAGUACGUGGUGCUGGAGUCCGGGCAGACCAAGGAGGAGCUGCAGGGCGCCGCGGCAGGAGCAGCCAGACAGAGUCACGUUGUUUCCGAGUCGUCCACCGCUCUGGAUGCUCUGCUCAGCGCCGUCAGCGAAAUGGGACAGCAGGAGCAGCUACAAGGAGAAGCGGCCGUCCAUCACGAGGUCGUGACCUCCGAGGUGGCUGUGCCGGCAGCGGUACAGCAAGAGGUGAAAAAACAGCAGCAGGAGGAGGAGGAGAUGGAGGUCAUCCAGGACGCCGGAGCGGAGGGGAUGCAGGAGGUUCUGCAGCUCGCCGCCUCCCAAAUGAUGAAGGAAGGUCUCACCCAGGUCAUUGUCAACGAGGAGGGCACCCACUACAUUGUGACCGAGCUGGACAACUGCACCUUACAGGUGGAGGGAGGAGUCUACGGAGAGGGCGGGGCUGAGCUGCAGCAGGCGGAGCAGUCGGAUGAAGAACAGAUGGUGGUUUACCUGGACGGAGCCUCUCACAAUGUUGUCCUGGAGGAGUGAAGGAGAAAGAACUUAACCAGACGAUGGAAAUCUGUCGCUUUCUGGCAGGUUUUACAGUAAAAAAAAAAGAAGUUAUUUUUGUCUUCUUUUGUUUAUCUGCAACACUUCGUGUUGAGCGGUUUUGUUUCUGUUUUGACUAAAAGCUAACAUUAACUGAUUACAUGAGCCUUAAAUAUCUUUUGCUUUGCGCCAAGGGCUAGCAUGGUGCGCGGCUGCAGCCUUGCGUGGUUACUUGCUCAGCGGAUUACUCGCAGGUUAUAUAUCUGCUGAUACUUGUUUGUUUUGUUAAUAUUACUUUAAAAUUUAAUUGCAUUUUUCCUGUUACAAAAGA